AUGGAGACCCACGACACCAGCGCUGACACCCCAGGAACAGCACCCACCCCCAGCCUGCGGUACCCAGCCCGGCUGGUCAGCGAGGCGCUGGAGGACGCCCUCAAGGAGAUGAAGGAUGAUGCUCAGCCCAAAGAAGAGCCCAUGCUCAGCGCUGCGCGGGCUCCCCGGGACGAUGCUGGGGAUGGUGGAGCCCCCAAAGAGGAGGAGAGGGAUGAGGAAUCCAUUCUCCAGGGUGCUCCAUGUGAUGAAUCCAUGUCCCCAUUGGGAUCAUAUCCCUGCGGCACCGCAGCUGCUUCCCAAAGCACUGUGGAGAGCCGGGAAGAGAUAGAAGCGUGGGAGGAGGAGAUGACCACUAUGCUGAGCCCAAGGGAACCAGAAGUGGUGGCCCAGGAAGAGGACACGAGUGGCCCUGAGCAGAUGGGGACCAGCCAGGAAGAGCCAGAGCAUGAGGAUGAUGAGGUGGAAGCCCCAAGCAUGGAGGCAUCACAGCCCUCAGAGGAGGAGGAAGAGGAAGAGGAGAGGGGACCCCUCAGCCCCUGUGAGGAGGAUGGUGAUUUCCAGGGUGAAGGGAUGGAUGCACAAGAAGGGGAGUCCCCACAAAAAGAAAUCAAAGCUGCUCAUGUUGUCCCCAUGGAAAGCCACCCAGUUUUGCCCAUGGAACAUCACCUGGAAGAGGACCUUGUUGAUGAAAAGCAGGAAAAGUUUGAGCAUCAGGAAAUGCCCAUGUGUGAGAUGGAUCUGGCUGCAGAGGAGGAAAAGGAACAGCAGCAGGAGAUGUGUCCAGAGCAGGAGCCCUGGGGCAUCCAUGAGGCCAUCCCAGCAGAAGAACCUUCAUCAGUAGCUGAAGAAGAUGCCGUGGGAGGAGAGGACCCAGGCAGAGUGAAAGACGGUGAGGGAGAAAAGGGAGAGGCUGGUGGGGAGGUGCUGGGAAGAGAAGACCCUGAGGCAGGAGAGGCUGUGGGACCUGAAGACCCGGAGCAGGAGAGCGGAGCCCAGGAGGAGCCCAGGGACCUGCAGGAAAAGGAUUUUGUGGAAGAGGUGCUGGAGCAGGAGCUGGGAGAGGAGCCCUGGGACAGGGGGGAUGAUGACAACAACCAAAAGCCCCAUCCAGAAGACUGGGAGGUGACAGCAGAGGACACAGAGGGGCCUCUGAGGACAGAAGAGUCAGCUUGGGCAGAUGACACCCCAACAAGCACAGGAGGGCUGGAAAGUGAAGAGAGAGAUGACACAUCACCCGCAGAGCUGGAAGAAACCCAGGAUGAUGAUGAAGAAGAUGCCGAGAGCCAGAAGAUGAGCCAGCAGCAGCCACCACCAGAGGCUGAGCCAGCCCUGGAGCUGGUGAGGGACAAGAGGCUGGAGCUGGAGGACACGCUGCCGGACAGCACGCCCUUGCACCUCUACGAAGGGGAGAUGCUGGCUGUGGUCACACCCAACCAAAACCCUCCGGAGAUGGAGGAGACCACAGAGACAGCCCCUAAAUCCAAAAUAGCUCCAGAGGAUGAAGGAUGGCUGGAAGGGAGGGGCAAGCCACCAACUCCUGCCAUGCCAGAGAGCCAUGAAGAGGAGACAGGGAUGGAGGAAACCCCUGCAGCAGAGGGUGCUGAGGAGGAGGAAGGCUAUUUCAUGGUCUCUGCUCCCAGCCAAGAGGUGCCCAGCUCCGAGGAAGCCGAGAUCUCCGAGGACUUUGAAGAAAUUAAAGUUGAAGCAACGGAAGCCAGCAAAGAUGGUCUGGAAGCUGCUGGAGAAGCAUCUCCAGUGCUGGAGGAUGAAGGAAACUUUGAGGCGUUUGUUGACGAAGCAGAUGAAGACAUGAAGAUGCCAACAGAAGAACCUGAGAUGCCAAAGGAUGCGGAUGAGGAUGAUGCUGGAGGUUUUACUGCUGAGAUGGAGGAAGGCCCAGCUGUGCCUGAAGCAGAUCCUGGCUGCCCCGAGGCUGCGAGGCCGUUAGCAGAAGGCCCUGAUGAACCAACCCUGGGUGCCACCAGCACAGGCGUGUGUGAGGAACCAGGACACUCGGAGGGUUUGGCUGCUGAAUCAGAUGAGGAGCUUGAUGGCACAGUCGAGCUGGAGAGUGAUGCCAAAACGCUCCCAGGCUGCGACCUGGGGCUGGUGAUGCCGGUUUCUCCACUGCCUGACCAAGUGGAGCAGCCAUCGGAUGAGCAGUCGUCUGUGGAGGAGGAAGCACCAGACGGUGACAGCCCUCCCUCAGCCGGUGACGAAGAGCCCACCGAGGCCGACCCACCUCAGCCGGGCUCCGUGCCAGAGCAGGAAGGUUUUCUGGAGAUGAUUAAAGAAAGCCCAGAGGUGGCUGAUCUCGUUGCAAAGGUGGACGUCAUGAAAGACUCAGAUAUUUUGGAGAUAGUUGAGCAAGCCCUGGAGUUCAACCAGGAGCUGGUGAUGGGAGUGAGGGCAGUUGAGGGUGGGCAGCAGGAUCCUGGUGGGACCGAGCUGCCUGAGGAUGCUGGAGAAGACUCUUCACCUGCCUCGUCCAGCGAGGAGCACAGGAGGCACCAGCAGAUGCAGCACCGGGAACAGAGGGUCCGGUUCGCUGAGAAUGGGCUGCACCGGGAGACCAGCCUGGAGGACCUGUCUGAAUUCACCGAGGAGGCGCUGAACGGCAUCACCACCGUGCCACCGGCACAGGAGUUCCCCACAGAGCCCACCGCG